AUGGAGUCGCCGGCAAAGCGCAUGCGCAUUCUGCAGUCGGUCGAAGUCGACGAGGAGAAUGAAGAGUACAUCAACGCGAAGAGGAAGCAGCAGCAAAAGUUCAAGGGCCGCCUAGAGUCCAUCUUCGACAAGUAUGGAAGCAUGCACGAAUCAAUGAGCGAUGAGAUCGACAUGAAGUUGAAUAGAGUCGUCGUGGAUAGAGGGCAUCUGCGCCGACUGAAGCGUCAGGUCAACCGAAAGGAAACCAUGCUAUUGGACACUCUAGGACUGACAGUUGGACAUGAGCCAGAGGAACAAUGUGAAGAGGAGGAGGAGAAGGUUGAGGAUUCAGAGGACGAACUGGCUCUGACACAGCCAGUAAAGUCUAAAGGUGGGCGGCCUGGACAGGACAAGCAUGGAGAAGCGAUUCAGCCUGCGCAAGACAAAGCGCAACAUAGCGACGCGAGUCAUCCGGCAUCAUAUCAGCCAUACCCUUCGGCGACAUCGAUACCGCAAUUGACCUCACCGCAAGCGCCCAACACGCCGAACCCGACCGCGAACCUCCUGCAACUCGUUCAAUUUCCACAAACGCCUGCGGGACAGCAGGCACAAACUGCUUUCUACACAACCUUGACGCAAACCAUCAACCAGGCCAUACACCAAGCUGUAGUCCCGCUAUUUGCAGGCCUACUGCCAUCGAAUGCCCCGAUACCCUUCGCGACCGCCGCCCCACCGCCGACCACACCUAUAACAACCAGCGACAAGGUUGCGCCAGCAACAGACCCCAAGUGGUUCUUUCCUCCACUUUCUGCCAAAGGAAACCACAAUCCAGUUGCUCAGUCGAGUCCCCUGCCAACCCUCCCAGCCUCCACAGCAGUUCCGGCAGCGCAAGAGGCAAUUAUUCGACAAGAUGGAGAUGGUGUGCUACAGCAACCGCGUGAAGAACAAGCUGUUGACAAUCAGCCUGCUAAGAAACAAACUUCAAACGAAAGGGCAUGGAAUUUGGUUGGUACAAGAAUACACCAAAGCUCGCCGACUGUACCACGCCGAAGCAGUCCACGCGUUGAGAUACAGAGGCGGAUAGCACGGCAUAUAGUCAAGAAAUACCAUUUCACUCAUGAAGAUGAUGUGUAUAUCAGCAAGCGUAGGUUAAUAGAUGGAAUGACCUGGCCCCAUAUCAAGGCCAGCAAGAAAAAAUGGGAACAGUGGCCACUGAAAGCUUUACAUAACCGUUGGAGUCGAAUCAAGAAUGAUAACUUACACGUACAAGAGGCACCAGUAGUCCUCGUGGGCAGCCCUAUUCAGGGUAACGACCAUAGCUCUGUUACACAGGCUGAACUCCCGUCGGUGCAGACUCACCAUCUCCCAACUCCGAGCUCUUCUGAGCAUGAAGAUAAUCAGCAAGAUAAGAUGGAAUCGACACAAGAAGAAGGCAACUACAACAUCCUCUCAUCAAGCACGCACUUCGAUGAUGACGAAAGGGACCUUUUAUCAUUAGCGGGCGACGACUUGGCUGAGGAUCAGCUCCUGAUGCCGAGAGAUGAUACACCGGAUCCCGUACCAGAAGACGUCAUAAUCCCUUCUAUAGAAACGAGGGACUUCAUCGACGAGGAGCAGCUACAGCAAGACUUACUCGCUAGUUUGCCAAUGCGGGGCGCAACCCUCACGCCCACAUUGCCGGUUCCAGCCAAAGUAAAGAAAGAGUCUGUAACCUCUUCCCCAAUAUCAACACGGAAACCGGACAAGGCACCAGCCAGUUGGGGAGUAGUGCCCGACUCGGAAGCAGAAGACGACGAAGAUGGCUCAGCGAAAACGGAUCCGACCACACCCACGAUCACAACUAGUGCCAAGAGCCUCGCUCCGCACCAACAGAGCCCACACGCCACGCACAACACGGCACAUGGCAAUAGCAAUUCCAUUGACCUUGUUGACGAUGACAAUUUCCCAACACCGGCCACCCCGCAGAUAAAGCGCGAGACCAGCACACCCCCAGCAAACUUCCUCUCUACCCUGCAAACACCGAUAACUCAACCAAACCGCCUACUUAUGCUCGACUCUUCGGGCUCAAAAUCUGCGUCUAAGGCUAAUCGCAAGACAUAUCUGAAACAGAUCAAGCAGAGCUGGACCAGGAAGAAUUCACCCGCUCCAAAGAGUCUUGUGAAACGAAAAAGCUUUCCUAGUUUGGGAGCUCGAAAACGCGCUUGGAUAGAUGAUGGAGAUGACGACGUGGAUGAGCUUGCCAUGUAA